CCUUCCUUUCCUCCUCCCUUCAUCUUCCUUCUGGCCUCUGAAAACAACCCUGAGGAAGAGCGGCGCUGAAGGAGAACCCAACAAAACAAGUCUAAAACAGCCUAAAUCAGGAAUUCAGCUUCCACCCACUAGAAAUCAUGAUGCGAAUAAAAACCCCCACAAAGAAAAGAAUCAAAAGGGAGCUAGAUAAGCGUGCGCCAAAGCUUAUUGAGACGGGUAAGAAAACUUUGAUCCUUCAUGGUACAAAAACGAGCAAUGUGCUGAAUGCUGUAUUGGCUGAAAUUUAUCAUCUUAAGAGGGAUAAUGCUAUUAAAUAUACGAAGAAGAAUGAUAAUGUCAGGCCAUUUGAGAGUGGUGGCGAAACUUCUUUGGAGUUCUUCUCACUCAAAACUGAUUGCAGUCUCUUUGUGCUUGGGACUCAUUCAAAGAAGCGGCCUAACAAUCUUGUUCUUGGAAGAACUUAUGAUCACCACCUCUAUGAUCUUGUAGAGGUUGGGGUUGAAAAUUUUAAAAGCACGGAGUCAUUCUCUUAUGAUAAGAAAUUGGCUCCCCAUAUUGGAUCAAAACCAUUGUUUGCAUUCAUUGGAGAAGGAUUUGAAAGUGUUGAAGAGUUGAAGCAUCUGAAAGAAGUUUUACUUGAUCUUUUCCGGGGAGAGGUUGUGAAAAAUUUGAAUCUUGCUGGCAUAGAUCGUGUUUAUUUGUGCACAGCCAUGUCUCCAACUAAGGUGUUUUUCACGCAAUGUGCAAUUCGGCUGAAAAAGUCUGGAACCACAGUCCCAAGGAUAGAGUUGGUUGAGGUUGGACCUUCCAUGGAUUUUGUAGUCCGGCGACAUCGUCUACCGGAUGAAGGAGUGAAGAAACAAGCUAUGAAAACUGCUCCUGAGUCAACAAAGAAGAAGGAGAAGAAUGUUAAGGGUGAUGUGAUAGAGGGUAAAGUUGGGAAGAUAUACAUACCAGAUCAAAAGGUUGGUAGUGUUCCUCUGCCAAAUAGAGCAAAGGGAGUGAAAAGGGAGCGCAGGGAAGCUAAGAUGAAUAACGAGGCCCAUGAACCUGCAGAAAAGAAACAGAAGGAGGAUAGUGAUUGAGGUUUUACUGAUUGUGCUCACAGGAAGGAGAGCUCCUCACUCGAUUUUGGACAAGUUCCUGCUUAAGCUGGAGAAAGUCAGGAUGGCUGGAGUGGAGGACCUUGCAAAGCUUAAAAAGAAAGUGUAGUGUAGCCCAACAAAAAACUCUGCUGAUGAUGUCUGAGAUUGGGCAACAGCAUGAUUUUUAUACUUUUGCUAGUGGAAUACUUUUUUUUUUUUUUUUUUUGGGAACAAAGAUAAAAUGUACCUUUCUUUGUUUAUUUUGUAUUUUGUACUUUAUGUUGCAUAAUUACAAAUCCUGAUUGAAAUGUGAUCUAAAUUAAUUGGGUGACAA